CGCGGGAAGGUGAAAUGGUUCAACGUCACGAAAGGAUUCGGGUUCAUCACACCGCACGACGGAAGCGAAGAGAUAUUCGUGCACCAAACGGGGAUCUCGCGCGCGGGGUUCCGGUCGGCGUGGGAGGACGAGGAGGUUGAGUACGAAGUCAGCAACGCCGACGGGAGGCCCGUGGCCGUGAACGUGACCGGGCCGAACGGCGCGGCGGUGAAAGGGGCGCCGAAGCGG